AUGGAUAGUUCCAUCGCCCCGUCAUCUAACUUCUCUGCUUCCUCCUCCUCGUCCUCUUCGGCCAUCUUUCGCCCUCGCAAAUCCGACGACUGGAAUGAGUACCGCACUGUGAUUGAGAAUCUUUACCGCGACAAUCAGCUCAAAUUGAGAGAUGUCAAACGGAUUAUGGAGCGUGAUUAUAACUUUGUUGCCUCAGAGAAACAAUACAAGGAUCGCCUGGCAGCAUGGCACAUUCGGAAGAAUAUCAAAGCCAAAGAAGUCCAUGUGAUGAUUCGAAAGCAGCAAAAGCGAGCUGCGCGGGGCAAGCAAACCGCCUUUCGAGUGGGCGGCCAGGAAGUCGACUCCAAGCGCAUCGCUCGCUUUGUGCGUCGAUAUGGUGCCUCCUGGGACAAUACCCGCAACGAUACUCACCAAGCCAGCCCGGAGCCAGAUGAGAGCAAAUACGAGCCGCUUCGUAGCCCCGAUAUCGACGACAGUCGAUCCCUCUCGUUAGCCACUCUCAGUCCUACUUCAACACACGAUACCCCAAAGCCCAUGGACGAGUCUUUGCCAUCUGAGGAUCCAUGGCAGGCGCUGGAUUCCUUCCAGGAUCGUCUCAUGGCUCUUGAAAAGACCCUGGAGGCAACCAUGUCGGGGUUCAUCACUCCAGGAGAGGAAUGCUAA